GAUAGCAGAGCUAAUCCCCCGCAUACUGGUUUGAUUCUGCUUGUUGUGCAGGAAGCGUUGCCCUGGUCGGUUCGAGGGCACAUACAGUGGCAACGAGUGCCCCCACCUCAUCGCCGCCCGCCCCGGUCUCUGCGAGCACGAGUACAAUCGCAGCGAGGAUGCCACUGUGCUCGUCAUGUUGCUAUCUGCUGCUGUGUGACCGGAGUAUCAUGCUGAAGCUCAAUCUGAAGAGAGGUUGUAGAAGUGGUAGGAUGUACACGAGGCAAUGCCCUUGCUGCCGUUUCCUCCAAGGUCUGAUUUUUGUCCCUUUCCGCAUCUCCCGCGGGAAUUUUGGGUCUGCAGUCGAAGUCAGUCACUCCUUCCCCCCCAGGGGCGUACGCAGACUAGUCUACCUCACCGCACCAUACCAAGACAGUACAAGUACGCAAGGCACUGCCAUCUGACAUGCCACCGAAAGCAUCAGGAUCCGCUGCAGGAGGGGGAAGGAAGAGGCGUAGGGUGCGCAAAGCUCGUACCAAUGCAGCCCUUGAAGCGUCCUCGUCGUCAUCCUCUUCGUCCUCCUCUUCAUCCUCAUCCUCGUCAGAUUCCUCAUCCGAUGAAGAGUCCGCCCCUGCCCCUGACCAGGCUCCGGCUCCGGCUCCAACAAGCACAGCUAGAGGGAGGCGAGCAGCUGGCAAAAGAAGGACGAACACGAUGGAUGUGGACCUAGAAAGCAGUCAAGACUCAGAUAGCGACUCAAGCUCUUCCUCUUCUUCCUCCUCCAGUUCCAGCUCCUCCGCUAGCAGCGCCGACGCCGCCUCUCGCCUCACAAGGGCCGCAGAUCCUCAGCCCUACACUACUCGUACCACCCGACCAGAAUCACCCGAGCCAGUGUACGACGAUGAGGCGGUCCUCCGUGGCAUCAUCGAAGACUCGAUCCGGGGUGACUACACUCUUGGUCAUCUCACCUUGCUCCCAGCACCCGCUUCCUCCUUGCCUCGCCCGCUCUCACCUGAUUUUCUCGCUACGGUAGAGAGACGACGACUAGCGGAUGAGAAGCGUGAGAAGGAGGAGUCAGAGGCCAAGGCUCGUGCGGAGGCCGCCUCGGGAGCGGGACUGGGGAGAGGGAGGGUGGGAGGAGGAAGACGGGGAGAGAGCGAGAUUGAGGCUGCUAGGAGAAAGGCUCGAUACGAGCACCUGCGCCGGCCUGCAGUGGAGGAUUCUGAAGACUGGAUGAGACUCUUCACCGAAAGCUUUGGAGACGAAUUGGAUAGUCUUAGGCGGGUAAGUAGAGCCUCGCAGCAAUUGACUGCACAAGGCGAUUUGAAGCUGACCCAGAACAUAUUGCUUUGCACGUCUGCAGAGAGAACCCAACCUUACACUAGCUGGCAAGGACUCUCGUCUGCCCCUGCUCAUCGAUGCCAUCUCUGCAGGCUCCGAGCCUAUCAAUCUCUGAGAGAAAGAUGCCCCCUUUCUUCGGCUGCUAUUCCUUACCUCACUCCCUGUACAAUACUGUUGCGCAUCUCUAUACAAAAGACGUCAUUCUGUUCUACCAGCUGCUGUCGACCAUGCUUCACCUCGCUUUGCUUCGCCUGCUCGCUUGUGCGUCUAUGCUGAGGCCUUUGCUGAUUGAUAAAGUGGUGUGUGGGGUGGUGUAACAGGGGAAGAGCGACUAAAGAAAAUACACAGCGAAGACGUGAGGCAG